AUAAUUACCAUUCGAAUCUUUCAAACAAAUAUCUGAGUUUCUCAACAACACACACAAAAAAAAAAAAGAGUGAAAAAUUAGUAACAAAAUGUCUUCAGAGGAAGUUGUUGCGGCCAAGGACGUUGCCAUUGACAAAGUUGUACAAGCCAAGGACGCUGUAAUUCAUGGUGUUCAGAUUGGAUCUGAGAAUGUUGCGGACAAGGCCGGAGUUGCAAAGGAGACUGCUCUCGAAAAGAGCAAGAAUGCAGCAGGGUAUGUCGGGCAGAAAAGCGUCGAGGCUAAAGACGCCACUAUUGAAGCAGGAAAAGGCGCGGUGGGAUAUGUAGGGGAAGCUCUGGUUGGAAUAGGGAAGGCCACAACCGAUUUUGCUACUGGUGGGAAGAAGUGAAAGAAAAGACAAGGUCCCUUCACAAUGAAAUAGUUGAAGUAUUAAUUAUUUGGUUAGUGAAAUAUGAGGGUUUACAUUUCCUAUAAUAAUGUAUUGCUGUGAAAAGCAACUUUAUUAGUUUGUAUUUUCUUGCUGCUAAAAGCAAGCAUUAUGUUUUAAACUUGUA